UCAGGUGUGACGAUUCUGCUAUCACUGACUGUGUUCAUGCUACAAUUAGCUGAAGCUAUGCCACCGACUUCAGAUGCCGUCUCUAUUAUAGGGGCAUACUUCGCUUGCAUUAUGGUCAUGGUUGCGUUUUCUGUGGUCAUGACUGUAGUUGUUUUAAACUAUCAUCAUAGAGGUACAGACACACAUGAAAUGCCAGAGUGGAUCAGAAAACUUUUCUUGAACUGGCUACCACGCAUCCUCAUGAUGAAACGUCCACCCCCCAAGCUCAAAAGAAAAAAGAGCCUCCUCGUCAACUCCCGGAAGGACUUCGAGCUGAAGGAGCGCUCGUCCAAGAGCCUCCUGGCCAACGUCCUGGACAUAGACGAGGCCGGGUUUCGCGGCACAACCCCUUCCACCAUCGAAGUUGGCGCCAACCCGGCCUUCGAGGAACAACUGCCAGCGACCGUCCGAGGCUGCUUCGCCACGAGUCGUGAGCUCACUGCCAUUCUGCGAGAGAUUCGGUACAUCACGAGUCGCAUGAGGCGGGAAGACACGCUCAGCGAGACCAUCGCCGAGUGGAAGUAUGCGGCCAUGGUGGUUGAUAGGGUGUGCCUCAUCCUUUUCACUACAUUCACGGUGCUAUCCACAUGUAUCUGUCUCUUUUCUGCACCACACCUUAUCGCCUGA